AAAAUCGAUAUAUAUCGAUAUCGUUUCGUCAACUAGCCAAUAAAUCAAAAUAGCCUUGUUUUGCUGUCAAGUUCAGAGAUUGGCUAUUUAUAACGACAUCAUAACAAAUCACAGGGCAGCUGACACUAUGUAUAUGGAAAAAAACGUACCUUUUUGCCAUUUAAAAAGGGUUUGCGAUAGUGGAAGCACUAAACAUUAUAUAAGUUGAGCAGAGGAAAAAAAGGAAUAUGUACAAAGUGACCAGUGAAAUCUACGGUGAGACAAACUAUGGCACUGUCAAAAGUAACAAUGGAAGAGUAUUGUCCAAGUUCAAAUUCACCUAUCCUCCUAAUGAAGAUCAUUUAGAUACAUUGGACGGUACACUUACCGACAAGGAUGGAGACUUAAUUGUAAAAAGGAAGGCAGAAGCAUCAUUGAAUGGUGUAAUUACAAUAGAACAUUCCGAAUCCACUGAGUUACGUUUAGUAGGACUACAAGUUUGGCGUGGUGCUUUACUUUUAGCAGAUUAUAUAUUUCACAAGCGAGUAGAAUUUCAAGGCAAAUUCGUAAUGGAAUUAGGCGCUGGAGUCGGUCUGACAAGCAUUGCUGCUGGCAUCUAUGCGCAACAGGUAGUGUGCACAGAUGUGAAUGUUGGAGGAAUUUUAGACUUGAUACGUGAGAAUAUAAAACACAAUUCUAGUUUAAUUUCUAAAACUUGUAAUAUUGAUGUAUUGGAGUUAGAUUUUUUGAAGCCUGUAGGAGAAUAUUCACAUUCAUUAUUAAAAGCCAUUGACAAUACUGAUGUGGUUGUAGCAGCUGACGUAAUUUACGACGAUGAUCUGACCAAUGCUUUCAUACGUGUUAUAGACGUAUUCUUUCAGCGUGGCAAAUUAUCCGGGAAACAGAAAACAGUUUAUAUUGCAUUGGAAAAACGCUAUGUUUUCACAUUGUCGGAUUUGGACACAGUGGCGCCAAUGUUUGAAUAUUUCUUGAAGCAAACUAUUCAUAAACCUUGGAAUUUUGAAUAUAUUGAAACAGAUUUUCCACAGUAUUUUGAAUACGAACGUUGUAGACACUUAGUGCUUUUAAAAAUAAAACAUACGAAUUAAACAUAUU